GCAGCAUGUGAUUCAUGUGGACUGGCAUUUCAAACUUGCCAUCUUUGUCUGCGUUUCCCAUUUCUUUAGCCUACUUGGACGGAGAACCUUGUGGUUAUCCACAUAUUUCCAGGUCUGACCUCAGGGAAAACUAACUCAUCUUCUCUCAUUUGACCCAGCACCAUAUGGCCUCUGUCUGGACUGAGGGGGAGACCUUUGUCUGCUCAGUAUGUCUGGACACCUUGAAGGAUCCAGCCACUCUACCAUGUGGGCAUUCAUACUGCUUGGCUUGUAUCCAAAGCCACUGGGACAAGAAAGACAGCCAGGGUGAGUACAGCUGCCCCCAGUGUAGGCAGGUCUUCAGCCCUCGGCCCUCACUGGCCAAGAGCACUGUCCUUGCGGAGGCAAUGGACAAACUGAGAACCAACAGCUUCAAGCAAAGCUCCUCCACAGCUGCCUCCUCAGCCCCACCAUCGAUGCCUGUCUACCUGGAGGUCCUACCAGAUGUGGGGCCACGACAGGGCAGCAUGUACCCUCAGCUUCCCACAGUUGACCCCAGACUUUGCCCUCAACACAACCGACCCCUGGACCUGUUUUGCAAUGAAGACAAGGAGUGUGUGUGUGAGGUGUGCUGCCAGCAUGGACACAAGGGGCACCGUGUGCUCAAACCACAGGAAGAGAGGAAGGAGAGACAGAAAGAGCUUGUUCAGAUGCAGGCAGAGGUACAGAAGAGAAUUCAGGAGACUGAAAAGAAGCUUAAGGAGCUCCCACAUGUUGCUCGCCAGCACAAGGCCUUGGUCCAGGCUUUAGAGCAAGAGAGCACAGAUUUGUUCUCAGAGUUAGCCAAGAAUGUAAGUCUAACAGGCACCCAGGUUGGUGAGCUCUUCAGCACGCAUGAGACCUCCUUGGGCAGCCAGGUUGAGGGGCAGAUCCACAGACUGGAGCAGGAGGUGGUACAGCUCCGCUGGAAGAGUGAAGAGCUGAGCAGACUGGCCGACAUGCAGGACCCCAUCUGCUUCUUGAAGAAUUUCCUAACCAUGGAGCCACUGGGUCAGAAGGGUGCCACAGCAGUGUCAGUGCUGAGUCAGGAGGAAGCUGUGGUCGCCUCCAUCCGCUCAGUCAUGAAAGAACUACAAACCUCAAUACAAGACCUCUGCAAAGCCAGCCUGGGCAAGAUCAUCACAUUAGUGAAUCAUGACCCUGUGGCUUCUACACCCAAUGGUGCAGAAGCAGAUACAGCAGCUGAUCACUCUGAUCAGGCCAAUGCUCAAAACACGGUGUACGAAACAGCGACAGACCCUCCACCUUUGCCACCUCCACGACCUCAAGCUUCUGCCCCACCUCCACCCUGCCUUCCUCCUCGACCUCAAGCACCUCCUGUAACAACAGUGGGACUUUUGAAUGCCGAACCAAAGUCUAGAGAAGAACUGCUGAAAUUUCGCUUUGAACCCACCAUGGACCCUAACACGGUGUAUCGCCACGUGCAGCUGUCAGAUGGAGGUCGUAAGGCCACACUGCGGGCUGAAAACCUGAACCCACCGGACCAUCCUGAACGCUUCCAUUUCUGGAGACAGGUUCUCUGCAGAGAGCCCCUGGCCGGGAGCCCUUACUACUGGGAGGUGGAGUGGACUGGCCAGAAGCUCACCAUUGGCGUGGCCUACAAGCAGAUGGAACGUAAAGGUUCUGAUGACAGAAGUCGUUUGGGCCACAAUCCCCAGUCCUGGAGCUUGUACUGGUCUGGCACUGGUUUCUCCUUCUGGCACAAUGGGCAGGAAAAACUCCUCGGCUCACCUAAGGCCAAACGGAUCGGCGUCUAUUUGGACCAGCAUGUAGGGGUUCUGGCCUUUUACCGCAUCACCGACAACCAGGCCGACCUCAUCCACCGGCUCCAGACCCAGUUCACUGGCCCACUGUACCCAGGGUUCAGGUUCUGGACAGGUGUAGGGACCACAGUGACUGUUUGCCAGUUGGAUUAAGUUGAUGUGAAUAGGCUGUUGUUGUAUGUUGAUAUAACUUGCUUAUAUGGUUGGGAGCAUGUGACAGUGAAAUUUUUUUUGAUGAGGAAGUAAAUGUUUUCUUGCUCUGGAGAUUCUAUGAGAUAAUAAACAGCUGUUCAGGA